AUGCUCCUGGCCAUCCUGUGGGAUGCUCAACAUCAUGAGAAACUCCAGACUCGUGAGCACAGCCAGACCUACAGGGCGGUGGCAGGACGACUCCGGGAGCAGGGCUUUCUGCGGACCCCAGAGCAGUGUCGCACCGAGUUCACCAGCCUGCCGUCGAGGUACCACAAGGGGAGGGCAGGCCGUGUGCCUGAGCCUUGUGUCCUCUGUGAGGCCCUGUCAAGCUCCUGGGCCUCUGCACCCACGGUGGCAAGCGGUGCUGUUCCUGGCCAAGAAGGAAGGGCUGCAGAGCCCGGAGAGCUGAGUCAGCAGAACGGGGAGCCCACAGAGGUCGGAGAAGGGGCCCGGGCAGAUGGUGCAGCCGGGGAUGAGCAGGACUUCCGGGAUUCUGGCCGGGAAGUUUCCUCAUUGUUCUGUUCUUUCUCCAUACUCCCGUGUCUUUCUGUUCCCUCCAGUCUUGAGAUCAAGAAUAAAACUAAAACAGAGAAUCAGAAAUGGGAUGAUUCAGGGCAAGCAGAAGUGAAGAAGGCCCUAUGGAGAAAGUCUAGUGAAAUUUUUUGGCACCCCGAGCCCAAGAGAGGCCAGAAGGGUGAGCCUGAGCCAAGAGGGCAACGUAGACUUUCUCCAGGGGAGCGUGCACGGAGACCCCUAUCCCAGGACAGGCGGAGUCAGCAGACUCUCCGUGCUGGUGAGAAGGCCUGGGCGCAUGUCCCGAGUAGGGGAGACUACUCUCAGGGCUCUCCCUGUCACCACCAGCCAGUCCCCAAAUUGGAAAAAACAUCUAAGUGCCAGCAGUGUGGGAAAAGCUUUAGCCAAGGUUCUUACCUCAUUCGGCAACAGAGAAUCCACACAGGAGAGAAGCCUCACAAGUGCAGUGAAUGUGGGAAAGGCUUCAGUGAGCGCUCCAACAUCAUUGCCCACCUAAGGACGCACACGGGGAGACCCUACCGCUGUGGGGAAUGUGGGAAAAGCUUCAACCAGAGCUCCAGCCUCAUUGUCCACCAGAGGACCCACACUGGCGAGAAGCCUUACGAGUGCGCUGUCUGUGGGAAGAGAUUUAACAACAGCUCCCAGUUCAGCGCUCACCGGCGAGCCCACACCGGGCAGAGCCCCCCCUCCACCCCAGCGCACUGUGGGAAAAGCUUCAACAACGGCGCCCACGGCCAUGCCCACCAGAAGACACACACCAGGGAGAAGCCGUACAAGUGCCCUCGGAGUGAGAAAAGCUUCCCCAAGAAUCCCGUCCUCAUCCACCAUCAGGGGGCACACAGAAGACACACUCACACCCCAAGAAGGGACGCAUGCUGCGAUUGUGUAGGAAAGCCAACAGAUCAAUUCCCUAGUUUGAGUCUCUCCUGGAGCUUCCAUUGGCUUGUGGAGGCUUCUGCCAGCCAGUCUGUGGCUCAGCAGGAGACCUACAAGUGGAUCUCAAGAACCACAGCGGGACUAGGAAUCAGCAUUAGAGUGCUGAGCUCUCUUUCUAGGUCUGCCUGUGACCCCCAGUCCUGUGUCACCAUGGACUUCCAUCCGCUUUGGAUCCUGUGGGGUAACCUUGUUCUGAAAAGAGAAUGGGUGGCUAGUGGCCUGGGAACUGUUCCUGGGGCAGGUCAGAGAAGAAAUUUUUUGGGCUCAUGGGAAGCACAUCUAGAAGUGAAUGGCCUCGACGUAUCCUAAACCAAUAAUGACCUCUAGGCACCUGCUCUCUGGUACGUCUACCUCAGAGUAGGUCACUGCUCUGUACUCCAGUCACCCAGAAAAGACAGCAAAGCAGGAGGGACAGCUUCAGCCACAGGGUACCACUACUCUAAGUGACUUAAUCUCAGAGCAAGUGUGACAUCUGGGUUCCUCUUUCUAAGAUUUCUCCUCUAGAUCACUCCCAUCCAGGUUCCUGGUCUUGGGUCUUACAUUUAAUGGUUUCAACAGGUUUAUA